UAGUGAGCACCUACGUCCUAAAAAGAACCCGUAUGCAAAAUUUAAAACUCCUAGCACUUGUAGUAACGAAAUUUCAUACAAACUUUGCUUACAAAUAAAAUACUUUUAUUUGUAUUGUAAAUUGGGAAAGAAAAAAGCACCACAAUACUCAAUACAAGACAAUUUAUGAAAGUUCGUUUUCCACAUUGACUCUACUGGGAAUCGAAGUUGGAACCUCAGAGAUGGGUUUUGUGUGGUUACUUGGUUUAUGAGCAAUACAUGUGAUGUGGUCUCGAAUAAUUGUUUGUUUUAUACCUUUUUAUUGCCAUUAUUAUUGAUAUAUUACAAUAUGUAAAGAUACCAAAAUUGUAGUUUAUAUGUCUCUUUUACCUUGAAUAAAUCAUUCAUAAUGUUUCUCAGACGACAGAUAUGUACUCAAGGAAAUGACGAAGCCGGAGUGGCAACAGUUUCUUGAGUUCGCUCCGCAUUAUUUCAACUAUAUCAUCAACUGUCAUCAAAACAAAUUGCCCAGUUUACUAGCGCGCAUAGUAGGCGUGUACAGCGUGGGGGGCGCGGGGAACGGUAUCCUAGUGAUGGAGAACGUGUGGUACUCGUGCGGACCAAACACGACGCGCUUCGAUCUCAAGGGAUCCUCCCGGCACAGGCUGGCGCACGACACGCCCGUGCUCAUGGACGAGAACCUACUGCAACGUAUGUUAUACAGGACUACACUACAUUACAAUACAUGUCAAUACUAUACAACAAUAAUUUACACUACUAUACUAUAUUACAAUACAAUACAAGAUUAUACUACAUUACAAUACACGACUACACUAUAUAACAAAAUACGAUUACGCUGUCUUAAAAUCAUUUUAAAAAAUAUUACUUGUAUUCAAUUCAUUAGUUAACAUGUCGCGUAACGUGAUUUAUAAUCGACAAAGUAAUGUGAUAAUGUGACAUUAUCACUUUAAAAGAUUAAAACUUUGUUAUUAUUUGUAUUUAUUUUUACUCUUGACAUUACUUCAUUUUGUAUAAAGAGAGAGGGCCAUCUAGAUAAAAAAAAAUAUUAAAAACGACGUGGUUAUGUAUUUAGUUCGUUGGGAGUCUCCGCUGUACGUGAUGUCCCACACGGGUAGUGUCCUGUGGGCGUGUAUAGAGCGGGACACUAUGUUCCUGGCCUCUCACUGCGUCAUGGACUACUCUUUGCUGCUGGGCAUAGACAACAGGACACUUGUGCUGGGACUUAUAGGUACGGUACAUUUACUAUCUUAAAUAUACAAGAUACAUUGUCAUACAGAAGUUCAACUUUUAUAUUUUUAUAUUUUGUAUAUUUAUGCCUAUAUCUACUUAUUUCAAUCUUUAUGCCUGAAAACCCAGCACCAAAAGACAGUUUUUAAAGUCUUUUACAUCCUUGAUAUUUAUAUUUCCUAUAUGCUUGU